AGAGGUUUUAAGAUCGAAACCCUACUACGGCACCACACUUGCCACUCUCAUUUCAUCUCUCUCUGUUUCUGUUUACAUUCAAGAGAGAGAAGAAGAAGAAGAGCAAUGGCAGCAACAACAGAGAGCGAGAAGAAGAAGCAAGAAGAAGAAGAGGUACAAGAACAAGUGGUGAACCCAUGGGAAGUUUCCGCCAAAGGCAAAAUCGAUUACGACAAACUCAUUGACCGUUUCGGUUGCCAGAAGCUCGACGAAGCCCUAAUUUCGCGUCUCGAGCGCAUCACCUCUCGCACUCCCCACGUCUUUCUACGACGCGGCGUUUUCUUCGCCCACCGCGAUUUCGCGGAGAUUCUGGACGCGUAUGAGAGGGGAGAUAAGUUCUACUUGUACACCGGACGCGGACCUUCCUCUGAAGCCUUGCAUUUGGGACACUUGAUUCCCUUCAUGUUCACUAAGUAUUUGCAAGAUGUGUUUAAGGUUCCUUUGGUUAUACAGCUCACUGAUGAUGAGAAGUUCUUCUGGAAAAAUCUUUCUAUAGACGAGUGCCGAAGACUUGCAAGGGAGAAUGCAAAGGACAUCAUUGCUUGUGGUUUUGACAUUUCAAAGACAUUCAUCUUCUCUGAUUUCAAUUAUGUUGGCGGUUCCUUCUACAAGAACAUGUGUGAGGUUGGGAAGCGUGUGACUUAUAACCAGGCUGUCGGCAUAUUUGGUUUUGUUGGUGAAGAUCAUAUUGGAAAAGUUAGUUUUCCACCUGUGCAGGCAGUUCCAUCAUUUCCUAGUUCGUUUCCUCACCUAUUUUCUGGAAAAGAGAAUCUUCGUUGUUUAAUUCCUUGUGCAAUUGACCAGGAUCCAUAUUUUAGAAUGACACGUGAUGUUGCUCCUAAAAUGGGUUUCCACAAGCCAGCCUUGAUUGAAUCAUUAUUCUUCCCAGCAUUACAGGGGGAAACAGGAAAAAUGUCUGCCAGUGAUCCCAAUUCUGCAAUAUAUGUGACCGAUUCUGCAAAAGAUAUAAAGAACAAGGUAAACAAACAUGCGUUUUCUGGUGGGCAAGAUUCUAUAGAGAAACAUAGGCAAUUAGGAGCAAAUCUUGAGGUAGAUAUACCAGUCAAAUACCUUACUUUUUUCCUAGAAGAUGAUGAUGAACUUGAACACAUAAAGAAGGAAUAUGGAGAAGGGCGCAUGCUAACUGGUGAGGUAAAGCAGCGGCUAAUUCAAGUUUUGACUGAACUAGUGGAGAGGCAUCGCAGAGCUCGGGCUUCUGUGACUGAAGAGAUGGUGGAUGCAUUUAUGGCUAUCAGACCACUUCCCCACAUGUUUGACUGAAAUUAUCCUACCUUCGUCUGCCCAAAUAUUGCUCGGAGAUCACUGGAUAACUGGAUUUAUUUUGUUUCUCAACAUGAAAAUGGGUUUUCUAUGCAACGGUAUUGCUAUAUAUGUGUACCUUUUUUUUGCCACCACCUGAUAAUUCAAAUGCCAAGAAACUUAGUUCGGCUGAAGUAAGACCUUAGUUGAGUAAAAAAAAUAGAUCGGAAGAACAUUGCCAUCUUAGUGACUUUGCAUUUUGAUUUGGCUCGAGUUGCUUAGCGUAUGAAUGAAGUUCUAUAAAAUGCUAUAAUGGAUUAUGCUAUUGUCAAUUUCAAUUUGAAAUCAGAGCUCCACUGCAAUUUUGUGACUGGCAAUGUAUUCGGAACUUCUUAUAAAAUCACUAGUAAGCAAUAAGUUGAUUUAUCUCCU